CAAAACAAACUUAGUAAUUCGUAAGAAAACAUUCGAAAAAACUGCAUAAAUUGUGAAUUUUUAAAAUACAGUCAAGAAAUAAAACGAACUGCCGUUUUAAACUUUAUUCAACGAGCAAACAGUGUGUCGACCUAACAGAGCAAAAUGAAUCGUUUAUUCGGUAAAUCGAAACCGAAAGAACCUGGUCCAAGUAUUAGCGACUGCAUCAGUGGGGUUGAUGCAAGAGCGGAAGCCAUCGAAGGCAAAAUUAAGACGCUUGAUAACGAGCUUCGCAAAUAUAAGGACCAAAUGGCCAAAAUGCGCGAAGGUCCAGCCAAAAAUGCCGUCAAACAAAAGGCUAUGCGGGUUCUGAAGCAGCGUAAGCAGUACGAAAGUCAGGUUGAAAAUUUGCGAAAUCAAUCGUUCAACAUGGAACAAGCCAACUUUGCACACCAAACGCUUAAGGAUACGCAAGCAACUGUGACCGCCAUGAAGGAUGGCAUGAAAUCAAUGAAAAAAGAAUUCAAGAAAAUUAACAUCGAGGAGAUUGAAGACAUACAAGAUGAUAUGGCCGAUAUGCUAGAGCAAGCGGACGAAGUGCAAGAAGCGAUGGGCCGGACUUACGGCAUGCCAGAGCUGGAUGAUGAUGAGCUACAGGCGGAGUUGGAUGCGCUCGGCGAUGAGAUAGCACUCGACGAUGACGCCAGCUAUCUGGACGAUGUGGUAAAGGCUCCAGAGGCACCCGACAAAGAACCAGGCGCCGACAGCGUCACCAACAAGGACGGAAUAUUGGUAGACGAAUUUGGACUGCCAAAAAUACCUGCAUCCGUUAAAACAACCUGAAUGAUUGUUGGCCUUGAUAUCCGAUAUGCUUCAAAAAGGAGUAUUUAUUUUGCUUACGUCCUAGCGCACUCGGCAUCUUCUUGAAAUUUACUUUUACGUUUACAUUUUACAUCAAUGUGUCCUUAAUAUGAACAGGCAACGGUGUGUAAGUUAUAUCUUUUAUAUUCUCUCACAUUACAAAACUGUUCUGUUAGCUAAAAUUGAGCAAUUAUAUACAGAAACACUAACUAUAAAAGGACAACACAUCUUUAAAAUUCAUGUUCUGUUAUUCACUUAUUUCAUCUAUAACGGGGACAUUCUGGAGAUCAGAACACUUGCGCCGGAGAAGAUCGAUCUGUUCUUUUAAGUAGCGCUCUUUUGCAGCUGCUCGUUGCAGUAGAAUUUUAGCUUUCUCGAGCAACUGACUCUUCUUUUCCAGCUUAUCCUUCAAAUCUUCGACCACCGUCGCCUCUUCACUACUUGCUGCAUUCAAGGGUUCGCCACUGUAUCGGGCUUUGCAGCGAGUGCACGUAACACUCGAUAGCAACUCAAUUUCUACCUGUUGCACCGAUAUUUUGUUCUGCGCUUGCACCAGGCUUUGCUGAAGUUUCUCAUGUUCCUUUUUCAGUCGAUCGUACAGAUCCUUUCCGAUCAUUUCGGUGGGGGCAUUGCCAGAAAAAUCGGAAAAUUCUCCGCGCUCUCUGGAUCGAUGAUCCUUUAGGUGUUUGUUUUCGACACGUAACUUUUCAAUCAUGCGUUUGAGCGUAAGUACGGUUUGCUCAAGAUUAGCAUUACGUUCAGCUAAAUCUCCGUUUGAGCCAUUGCGUCUGCUACAUCGUACGCAAAGAUUCUCGAAAUUU